AACGUCGGAACUGUGCAAUAUCUUAAGCACUCGACGAAGUACGAUGACUUCUGCGGCGAGUAGAAAUCUCUCGGGAAAAUCACAAAAAGGAUCUGAAAAGAAGUCACAAAUGGCCGUAGCCGAGAAUCGAUAUUGCAACGCGACAAGUAAAAGUUUCCGAGGUUGGAGGAUCUGCCUUCACGAUGAGUCAGCUGACGAACGGUAUCUGGUCGACCUUUUACGAGAUCGAUGCCUGUAGAUUUUAAGGCGUAUCACGACAUUUUAAUCCCUAAGAGUGAGUCAAGAAAAAAUUCGAGAAGAAGACAACGAUGACACGUUCGGUCAUUUGUUGAAAAAUUAGUAUCAGCAUUCACGCAGAAAACGAAAAAAAACACUGCAUCAACGGCAAAAAUGAGUUUCUUCAGUUCCCUACAGGAAUACGUGACGAACAGCGUGGCUAGUUUUAGUUUGAGUCCAAAGAGGUUCUCCUUCAGUCGUGAGGACUCGAAGGGUGAUACUAGUGGGACCGGAAGAAGCAGUUCUACUGGAAGCGUUACCUCAACGACCAAUACUAGCACGUCCGCUGCUCAGCAAGCUACGCCACAUGGUUUUCCCAAGGUUGUGCCACCUCCAGGAACUGUCACAUCGUCGCACUCUCUUUCACGUAGACGCACUCUCGAAUGCACUCCAGCUUCGGGAUUGACGGUACAUCCUGCGACAGGAAGUGGUGCCACAUCACCGAGGCGAGUUGGCUCCUUUCGACGGAGCGGUGGAUCCAGUGAUCGACCGCCUCUAAUGUUCUGCCGUCGUAGACUAUCCUGGCCGGAGGUCGAUAUACAAGCUACUUCCGGUGUUCAAGAAACAGAUGGAUCUUUUUUUGAAAGUUUUACCGCAUUAUCCUGGAAACAGGAGAAUCGGAGACUCGUUGUUCUUCAGGAAGUGGAAGCAAGAGCGAAGGAACCGCCACCGCCGUCCAGAGAUUCGAAUUUGACUUCGCAACCAUAUCGACUUAGCAAAAAAGAGAUGGAGCAAUUGUACAUAGAGGUUCUUUAUACGAUUGCAAACACUGUAGGCGCCAGUACAGGACAAUACGCGCAUUACAAGGAAGAUCUUUAUCGAUAUGCCCAAGAAGCCUUCGGAGUCCCACAGGAUCAGCACCGACGAUAUCUCAAUAUUGCCUCGGAAGAAAAGCCACCUAUUGUUGUGCUAAGCGUGGUGGUGAUCGAAGCUGAUGGACUCGAGGCAAAGGACGUCAAUGGAUUUAGCGAUCCUUACUGCAUGCUGGGAAUACAGCCCGGCAACCCAGGUGCACCGUUGAGUCCACAAACGAAUUUAACGGCGCAUUCGCCGCAUACACCCCCAGCAUCCCCGAGGCAAGCAAUUCGCGCCCUUUCCGAUGGCGUCGACAUCGAGAACUCCCAUCAUGAGAAGCUUCGAAAGCAUCACAGUUUCAGGCUUUCAUUUAAGCGCAAGGAGCACAGCAGCAGGCGGGAACACCGCGAGUCCUUGAGCGGUGCUCUACCCGCGAAGUUUAUACGAGCUACCUCCGUGAAGCCGCAUACGUUGAGUCCGCGUUGGAACGAGAAGUUCCGUUUCGACAUUGAUGACGUCAAUACAGACAUUCUCCAUCUGGACAUAUGGGACCACGAUGACGAGUCCUCGGUAUUCGAUGCGGUAAUCAAACUUAAUGAAGUACGAGGCGUGAAAGGGCUCGGGCGAUUUUUUAAGCAAAUCGCUCAAAGUGCUAGAUCCGGAAGUCAGGAUGACUUCCUGGGUUGUGUAAACAUCUGUUUAGUGGAUAUUCCGAGUACUGGAGUAGAUCAAUGGUACAAACUUGAGGCGCGGACUCAAAGAUUGAAUCCGAUAGCGACACUAUGUCUUCAUAUGAACUUGCGCGGUUUUCAGGAAGACUUCACUGGAGAACUGCCGCAAACCGCACUAACUAUCUUACAUCAACACGCGGUGCAAGGUGAUGUCACUGAGUUGCAGCAGGCCUUGAUAAGGUGGGUGGCAAGUUCCCGGCAACCCGCCGUCGAUCCACGAAUGCUUCAUCGUCUUCUACAGGAACUUGACAAUCGAUGGCAUACUGAAACUUUGUCGCGCGACGCAGAACAGUGUCUGGCGGAUUCCUUUAACGAUUUCCUGGAAGUGUCUUUGAAAAAAGUUAGACAGCACCGGAUACUGUAUCCACCUCUAUAUAGACCGACUAUAUCGAAGUUAGAUUAUCUGCUUAGAUGCCUGGGACUUCUUUCAAAUAUGAAGGCUUUUCGAACUUGUUGUCCUUUCAACAAGGAAAUUCGUGGUGAGAUCAUUACCGCUCUUAGAAAAGGAACUCUUGAAUGGUACGAGGAUACUAGACAACAAACAAUGUGCCAUGAUCAGGAACCUGAUCAGGACAUCGAUAGAGUUUUGCAAGAUUUUACGAACUUAGUGACUGCAUUAUUAGUUGAUCUGGAACAAGGGCUUUUAUAUUACAACAGUCUCUUUGAAAGCACGAAUGGUGUGCCAUAUUUCUCAGCAGUUUACAAACAAUUAGAAAAACUGCUGGCGGAACACGUGGCGAAACACAUGGAGAACACUUCCGAGAUGCAUAACGAACUUGGCGCAAGGGUCACCACCGCCUGUUUGCAGUUACAUGGUCAAAACCGAGACGAAGAGUAUGUUCUACCACCCGGUGCUGAGAUAGGAACACCGAUAUUCGAACUUUACUUGGCUCUCCAAGAUUUUGUAAAUAUGAAAGAGAAUUUACCACAAUCGGACCAUAAAACUUUGGCGAUCUGCAAGUAUUACGAGUGGUUUAGACCAGCAAUCGACAAAUGGCUAGAUCUGGCGAAACUCAAGGCAAUUCAAAGAGUACGAAGAGCUGCGGAACUCGAUCGAAUCUGUACUGGGGAAUAUUUCGUCAAACAUUGCACAUCGGCAAUCGAUGCUACUGCGUGUUUUUAUCAAAUUAAAGAAUUCUGGAAGAAACUAGCGUGGCCGGAUCUAGUUGGAUCUUAUAACUUCGUGUUGAAAGUCAUCGAUGCAAUAUGCAGCUCCGCGGCUUACUACGCAGAGAUAACACAUCAGAAACUAGCGGAUAGCGGAUAUUAUGAAGAGCAUAUACCAUAUAAGACCACAGAUGAGAUGUGCGUUGCUAUUAAUGGUCUUGAGUACGUGAGAAGAUGGUUAUUGGAUCUGGGCGAGGAACUUCGCGUGGAACAGAUUCUAACUGCUUUGGAGAAUCAAGCAGGCGAAUCCGUUCGAAUGCAGUGGCGAAAUACUAUGAUAACACCGCUGGAACAAACUCCUGGGCAAAUGUUACUCUUUAUAAAUCAAAUAGUUUCGAGAAUUGGAGCAAAGAUGAGACCACCUCUGAAAAAAGCGAUGUUUCACUUGGCUUGGUCUCCUGACAGUUUGCCGACUACAGAAGCGAUUGCACCUCUUGUGGAAUAUCUAGAUGUUCAUCUGGUAACACUUAACUCGGCUCUGCUAGUCGCAAAUUUCAAUCGCGUUCUGCAAGACAUUUGGGAGGUAGUCCUUAGUGAAUUAGGCAGUCAAAUGGAUGGAAAUGCCGAGGAUAAACCAGUGAUGUUUUACGAGAGAUUACACGAAGCACUUGAUUUAUUAGUGAGAUUUUUCAACGCUGACGAUAAAGGCUUGCCUCUAGAAAUAUUACGUCGUCAGAGUUUCAUGAACGCAGAAGAACGCCUCCAGUAUCAUAAAAUGGACACAACUUUCUUGAUUGAUCGUUAUUAUCAACAACGGCUUCUGGACCAACUUAGCACAACCAGUUACGAAUAUGGAGUUCUAACGAUACGAGCUUAUUUAAAUCAUGAUUCUCUUUGCCUCGAGGUAAUAAAUGCCAGAGAUGUCAUACCAUUAGAUCCAAAUGGAUUCAGUGAUCCUUUCGUGAUAAUCGAAUUAUUACCGCGACGAAUGUUCGAACAUUGCGCCGAGCAGCAGACUAACGUCAAAAAGAAAACUCUAAAUCCUAUGUUUGAUGAGUGUUUUGAAUUUUCGGUUAGUGUGGAGCAAUGUCGUGACCCCAAUGCGAUGGUCCUUUUUACGGUAAUGGAUCAUGACGUUCUCACAGCAAAUGAUUUCGCAGGCGAAGCUUUCUUAGGACUCAGUACCAUUCCUGGCGUCGCCGACACAAACACCAGCAUAGACAAUUUCCAUGGCCUCAAGCAUCAAGAAUUACCGCUUAUGCACCAAAAAAAUCGACAUCAUCCAAUCCUCCAAAUACUGGAAACUCGAAUCGGUGACAAAAUGGCCCUUGACUUUGUGAAAAAGCAGAAACAACGAUUUGCCACGACGUAAGCGCUUUAAGCGCUGAAGAAAGAGUAGAAGAAAACCAUGGUGAUUGCAUUGCAAUUGCUAUCAAGACUUGUACACUAAUCUUAAGAGUCAAUGAAAAAAAUCGAGAAGAAAAAGGAAGAGGAGAAAGUCCAUCCCUGCGAUAUGUCGUCGAUUCUCACUUUCUCUUUCUCUCUCUUUCACGCACUCUACCUUUCUGCCUAUCUUUCUACCAGCCUUCAUUCCAAAGAUUCGUCAGAUCUAUUUCAGUGUAAAUCGUGUUGAAUAUAAUCGGUGUUGGAUCAAAAAAAAAAGAGAAAAAAAGGGAAGGCGCGAUGAAAGAGGCUCGAGAGAAAUAUAACAGAACUAUUUUUGUGUCGAAGAAGAGAUGUGUAGAGCAGAACGACGCAGCACAUACAGGAAACAGUAAAACACGUCGUAGCUAAGGAUAAAUGUUUAAAUGCCGUCUUGUCAAGCUCGAAGCGACACCGGAGCGACCGUAAAGUUCUUUAUUCUACAUUUUUUAUACAGGGAGGCCCAGAUAUUUAAAUAUCUCGCGCGCGCUUCCGAGAGUUUAAGGAUUUUCCUAAGAAAAACACGAGUGUUCAUGUUUUUGAAUAAAGUAAAAAAAAAACGAGACUUUCUCGCGGUCGCGUGAUCUGGUUUUCGUCUGUCGAGUAUCAACUGUAGAUAGAUAGGUAUCGGGAUUUCCAUGAUAAGAACAUAAAUAAUAUAUACGACACAUGAUGACUUUCUUUAAAUCGAAUUAUUUUCACAGCUUCCAUAAGAGAGGAAGUCAUCGAGGCUGUUCAUGGAAACUUCCGCCUUGAUUGCGCAGAAUUGAUUCACGACAAAAUUGGGAGGAAAAUGCAAGUUUUUUUUAUUAACACUUCUAAAAUUACUAUUUCUUAUAAAAAUUAUACAAAAUGCUUAAGUUGUACAAAUUUCUCUUCUCUGCAGACAAGGCAAAACACAACGAAUAAUAAUAUAUAUUAAUGAUUAACUUAUAUAGAUAAUGAAAUUACAUUAAUAAUUGUUGAACAAAAAUAAAAUAUAUUGUCAAAAUGAAUGUAUAACAUCAAAAGUAUGUGGAGUAUUAACUAAUACUUUUUUAAAAUUUUUUUUAACAUAUUUUUUAGCUAAAUUAAGAUCAAAUUAUUCUAAUACAUUUCUAAUAAUCCGAAUAAGAUUUUUUCCUCCCCGAAGAGCAGCCGCGCCGCUUCAGCGUCGCUUCGACGGCGCGAAUCAAGCCGCAAAGGUUGAUAUUUUUCUUACUCUUUAUUGGCUAAAAUCUCUUUCUAUCUUUUCGGCAUCUAAUCUUUCUAAUAACUAAAUUAUCAACCGCUUUUCUCGCUGAUCCGCUUACGCGACAACAGAGACGCUUCUGUCAAAAUGUUUUACUCUGUGAUUUCUUCAGCAUCGGAAGAAAAAACAAAAUUUGAGAAUGUAUCAGAGAUACAAAUUUCACUUUCAAACAUAACUAUUAUUAAAUUGAAUGUAUGUUUCGCUUGAAAAGCGUUCUCUGUAUGCAUCGCUCUCAGUACUAGAUUUUUCUAUUGAAUUUAUUUUGCUAGUACAGAACAUGUAAUUCUAUGUAGCUUUUCUAACUUUCCGAUGCGACGUUGAUGAAUUCUUCGUGAUUAACGUUUAAAGCAUAUGUUAAAACACUCAUAAUCGAAUAAAAAAUUGACCAUGAAAUUGAAAACAAAAUUAGUAAUUAUUAAUUUUUCAAAAUGCAAUCUUUUUUAACUUACUCCAAGUCUUUUAAUUUUUUGGAGAACGAAAUAGCAGAUUGUGAUAAGGAUAGUAUAUACACUUUAUCAAAUAUAUGUAAAAAAAAUUUAAUAAUAUUCGUUUUUGUUCUAGUAAUUUAUAUAACUAAUUUAAAAUACAUGAGCAGAUAAUACGUCACUAUGAAAAUAGUCGCAUUUCGUUUUAUGUUCGUCAUUAUAUAAUUAUUGAUAUAAAGAAAUUGAAUGCAAACAAAUUGAACGUGCAAAGAAUGAGAACGUAAUAAAGGAUGACGACAAAAGAGAAAGAAUUCAUUGUCAAACGCACAUAUGUAAAUUUUUCUAAUGCACGUAUCACUUUGUUAUGUAAUUAUACAAAAAAAAGAUAAUUAUACAACAUUCCGCGUAACACACCUUAAUAUUUUGCACACUUGUAUAAUAAAAAGGAACCGAAAAAAGGAAAACAAUUACGAAGAACGAGAUUCGUCUGUUUGAUUCUCAAUAUAUUUCGUGCAUUAAGUCCAACUAAACUGUACUAUUUGCUUUUCCAACUUUUUUCAAUCACCUAAAAGGAAUGUAAGAUCUAUCUUGUAUCGUGACAAAUAAAUUAAUAUAAAUGUUUGUUUGAGUAA